AUGAACCAACUGAUCGUCUCACAACUGCGCAUACUAGUCCAAGCCGCCCUUCACAGCUGGCUGUGCGGAAAGCGCAUGCACAGACAACACCAGGGAAGCGCAUUCCCGCGCCGCGGGAGACCCAGGCCGAGCACCGACACUCCCAUCCCGGCUCCCGUCCAGCAGACGGGAUCUCGUGCCAAAGACCCUGCUAUGAAGUCUAGCCAGGACCAAAUCGUUCUAGCAGCAGAGAACAACAUAUUGGAGGAUCCGGUCAUGGACCUGUUGGCUGAGGUAUUAGGGGAAGAUGAGAACGAAACUUUGACCGUCUUGGCCGCGAACGAUCGACACACGAUGAGCAAGACAUCAGUUCAGGCAGUAGAUCAACCGAAGCAGAGCCUUCGGGAUGGCUUGUUAAACGGCACUUACGAGGUCACACCGACAAUGAUGGCCAAAGAUGGACAUGUCGCCUGGCUCGCCCUUUCAAACAUUGACCAUUUCCCGAUACCGCUCGAUUCCACAAGUGACAAUCAGCAGGCAUUUCGCAUCAAAGCCGAUCACGUAAAGCCCGGCACAAUUCAUACCCAUCGAAUACUAGGUAAUACCGACUUGUACGAGCAAAGCGACCCGGCUCUCCGGUUAGGCAUCCAAUAUUGCCAGGGAGAAGAAGAUAGCGGGCAGAGGUCUUCCUGGCAAUGGGCUAUGAAGAACCCUUCUCGUAAAGGCUUGUUCCGUAUGAACACACUGGUUGAUGUAUUGGAGGGUAUACCGACUGAAGCUACCAGAGCAAGACCCCGCAGGUGGUGGCGAUAUUAUGGGCUUGGUGAGAAAUACAUAAGCCAGUAUAAUGACUAG